GAGCUACCAAUAUUCGCAUACUCAGACCGAUUUUUUUUGACAGCACUUCAAUUUGAACUUCCAAACUGUUGAAAAAUAUGGUCCAUGUUGGGGGACAGUGACGACGACCGGGGUGUGAUUCGACGGUCUUACGAUGGUGCAAAUUCGACAGGCUCCCGCGUUAAGCAAGGGAUCCACGGUCGCCCUCGCCACCCCGCUCGAGUCCGCCGGUGCAUCGAUCGCGUUGAAGAAGGCGACUUUCCUGGGAUCCGCAAAAUUGUCAGCUAGCAUGGCACAUCAAACGACGCGCUGGACUGUUGAACAGAGAAAAUCUAUGGCCGAGUCGAUCAAAUGUGAAGACAUGGGUUUCUAGAAACGAUGAGCCAUCCUGCACUGAAAAAAAAUUGUCAAGCACAAUAAAUUGAUCUAUCUACUCAGAGUGCAUUCUCGGCGGUCCUGGCGAAUGUUGAUUUCUUCUCUGCUACGCCCGCGCUGCCACCAUGACUGACACUGGCGUCACGCGCUUCCCAAUCUCCCACGCCUAUUCAGACAACAGAUUCGCGGUUGACUGUGACGGCCCAAGAGAGGCUGCGUGGGCCGUUGGAGACGGCGUGCUGCGUCGGGCUAUAGAGAAAAGCUGGAAAUCGGCUUCACGGCGGCCCGGGCUGUGGAGCAGCAAAUCAGUGACGUCGAUAAAUG